GAGGCGACGAGGGCCAGAGCGGCCUCGGAGCAGCUUCUCCUGCUCGUGGGACAGCUCCAGGGUACUUCGGGCGCCGUUCUCCCAUUGCAUUUUGAAGGUGGGGAUCCCGCCCUCCACUUUUCCCCAAUAUUGCAUUUCGGGGGACCUUUCGCAGGGAACGGUCCUGGGCUCCGGACAUGCCCCGAGAUCUUUGUUUGACAACCCGGGACUCGCCCAGGCUGCUUUGCCCGGGGCUUCGGGAGUAGAGCCCCCGAUUGAGGGGGUGGGGUCCCCCAGGCCAGGGACAAGAAGUGGCCUGGCUGGGGGAGCCCGGGAAUGGUCUGACUUGGAGGUGGGGAAGGAGGUCCAGCGCUGCAAAAUCCCCAGCCUCCAGCCCCAUCCAGCCGCCAGGGCUCCCCGCGUCAGAGCGAACCCGAGUUCGGGAGAUGAGCACCCAGCUGGACCGCCUGUCGGUGACCUCGUCCUCCACCGGCUCUUUGGGCUCGGCGGCAGGGGCGGCGGCUGGCUCGGCUGGCAGCGGGCUCCGGUUGCUGUCGGGCAACGUGCGCAAGCUGCACCAUGCACUUAACUUGCUGCUGAGCGAUGCGGAGCGGGAGCAGUUCACUCAUUGCCUGAAUGCUUACCACUCGCGGAGGAACGUCUACGACCUGGUGCGGACCCUGCGCCUGCUGCUUGACAGCCCGGACAAGCGGCAGCUGCUGCCUAUGCUGCGCCUGGUCAUCCCGCGCUCCGACCAGCUGCUCUUCGACCAGUACACGUCCGAGGGGCCCUAUCUCAAAUCCCACAUCGCAUCGGCCCCUGGGGGCGCCAACGGGGCUGGACCGGGGCUGCUGGACGGUGCGGCCGCUGCCUCUCCUCCUCCAGCCGCCUACUGGCUCCCGCAGCCCCAGUCACUGUCCAGCCGACCGUCCCAAGUGGACUUCGGUUCUGGCCCAGAGGGGACGCCCCCGGAGGAACUGCGCGGGGAGAUCCGGCUUGUGAGUCUUAGGAGAAGCAAGACCAACGAGGGUCUCGGCUUCAGCAUCCGAGGUGGCUCCGAGCACGGCGUGGGAAUUUACGUGUCCCUGGUGGAACCUGGCUCCCUGGCGGAGAAAGAAGGGCUAAGGGUGGGCGACCAGAUCCUGAGAGUAAACGACAAGUCUUUGGGCCGAGUGACCCAUGCUGAGGCAGUCAAGGCACUGAAAGGGUCCAAGAAGCUAAUCUUGUCUGUGCAUUCUGUCGGACGCAUCCCAGGGGGCUACGUCACCAAUCACAUCUAUACCUGGGUGGAUCCUCAUGGCCGAAGCAUCUCUCCCCCUGGGGGUCUUCCCCAGCACCAGAGCAGCUCCCUCCGGAGGCAGGAAGGGGAGAGGAGGAGCAUCCUGCAGUUUCUUCCAGAGGGAGAUGAGAAAAAGGUGAACCUGGUACUUGGUGAAGGGAGGUCCCUGGGCCUCAUGAUAAGAGGAGGAGCAGAGUAUGCCUUGGGGAUUUAUAUCACUGGUGUGGAUCCAGGGUCUGAAGCAGAAAGCAGUGGUCUCAAGGUCGGGGACCAGAUCCUGGAAGUUAACGGGAAGAGUUUCUUGAGCAUUCCUCACGAUGAAGCCGUCAAGCUGCUGAAGUCAUCGAAGCAUCUCAUCAUGACAGUGAAGGAUGUGGGGAGGCUGCCCCACGCCCGAACCACCGUGGAUGAGACCAAGUGGAUUGCCAGCUCCCGGAUCGGAGAGACGCUGGUGAACUCAGCAGGGAUACCUGGGGAUCUCACAGGAGAAGGGCCAGCAAAGCUGGGAUUCUACAAGGGGCCAGCCAGGUCCCAGGUCACUCUGAGCAGCAUGGUCAACCAGACCCGGGUCAUCUUAGAGGAACAAGCCCGGCAUCUGCUUAAUGAGCAGGAGAGAGCAACCAUGGGCUACUACCUAGAUGAGUACAAGGAAAAUAACAUCCAUGUGGAUGCCCUCAUCAUGGCUCUGUUUGAACUACUCAACACCCAAGCCAAGUUUUCCCUUCUAUCUGAGGUGAGGGGUCUGAUCUCCCCCCAUGACCUCGAUCGCUUUGACAACAUGGUGCUGAAACGGGAGAUUGAGUCCAUGAAGGCCCGGCAGCCAUCCUGCACUGGCACGGACACUUACUCUGUGGUGUCUUACAGUGACACCGGCUCCUCUUCUGGUAGCCAGGUCACUUCUACCACGGUCAGCUCCGCUCGAGAGCGGCUCUUAUGGUUAAUAGACCUAAUGGAGAAUACUCUGGACCUUGAAGAGACUGGAGAAGUAAUCCAGGGCAGUAUCAAUGCUCUGCCAGAUAUUUCCUUGGAUGAUGUCACAUCUCUUUCUGAGGCACCAACCAACUUCAAGCCUCCACCACCACCUCCUCCAGCUCAGUCCCUUGACUCUUCUGUUCCCCAGCAGAGAAAGACCGGGAAAGACAAUCUCAAACGCCCUUCUUCAGCGUCUUCUCAAUCGGGCCUUUUCUUCACAGCACCCUGCGACAUUAGGUCACCAACCGGCCAACCAGAGAGGGACACAGCCAGCACCCCAUCCACUGGAGUCACUUCCUCUACAGAGGGGUCUCUUGCCAGCCCCAUCUAUGCCACAAUUUCUCCAGCCAAUCACAGCUCGAAGAGACCAAUGGAUACACACCUGUCAUUUGUCAACCAGCACCCAAUAGGCCCCUUCCCCAGGGUCCAAUCUCCAACUCAUCUGAAGGGCAUGUCCCUCGAAGCUUCCUCAGGGAGCAGCCUCCCAAGUCCUCCUCUUCCCUCUCCUCCUGCUGUCCCUAUUCCCCUCAAUAAGACCAGCCCCGAGUCAGGAACAAAUCAUCACUUUGUCAUGGUGGAAGUACACCGGCCAAACAGUGAACCAGAUGUGAACGAAGUGAGGGCCCUGCCACAGACUCGAGCUGUUCUCCCGCUAUCACCCCCAGCAGCCUCUACCCUUUCCCAGCUGUCAGACAGUGGGCAGACUCUCAGUGAAGACAGUGGCGUGGACACUGGGGAGGCAGAGGCCAGCAGCAAGGACCGGGGCCGACAGCAGGCAUCCAUGAAGGGAAGAGGCAGCAAGGACCUCCCCCGGAAUGAGGGAGCAGCGGAGACAGCCACCAAACCGCCUGGCCUCCUGGAGCCCACAUCCUCUCUGAUCCGAGUGAUGAAGAGCGCAGCCACCUUGGGUAUUGCUAUUGAGGGUGGUGCUAAUACUCGACAGCCCCUGCCAAGGAUCGUCACCAUCCAGAGAGGCGGCUCUGCCCACAACUGUGGGAAGCUGAAGGUGGGUCAUGUGAUCUUGGAGGUGAAUGGCAUGACAAUGCGGGGCAAAGAACACCGGGAGGCCGCCCGCCUCAUUGCUGAAGCCUUCAAGAUGAAGGACCGGGACUAUGUGGACUUCCUGGUUACGGAGUUCAAUGUGAUGCUUUAGGGGAAGGACCCCCAGAGCCAAGUAGAAAGAUGGCCCAAGAGAGAGUGCCCAGGAUCCAAGUAACUAAGUGCAGUGGCGGCUCUGAUGAGCUCUGUGUUGUGUCUCACACGUGUAAAACUGCACGUAGCUCCACGUCAAACAGAUGCUCCUUCCCAGAUCCCUAGUGCCCCCCUCCUGGCUGUGGCAAGGUGAUGUGACACGCCUGUUCCAGCCAGCCCUCCAGCCCAGAUUAGGGCCCACCUACUCCCCUUGCCCUCAGGGAGGGUCUCGUUCCCAGGCACACGGUCAAGCUGGCUGCUGGCAGAACAGACAGACAGACAGACAGACAGACAGACAGAUCUUAGCAUCCCCUGGUUUAGCAGUCCACUCCAACAGAGCCCAGAGAGCAGGAACGAAGAUGGGGAAACAGGGAAGGACUAAGAACAAGGAAGAGGCCCAGGAGGGAGGGAAAGCAAGAACUCUAAGGAAAGAACAGAAGAGGAGCUUAAGCUUUUGUUCACCCCUCCCCUGACCUGCUCACCGUUGUCACUACGUGGCUCCGCCUCUGUGUUAAGGGGCAUUUCCUGUCUUUACCAUGUGCGCGGCUCUGUUGUCCUUCACCUUCACCCUGAACCCUUUGGAAUCCUUCCUGAGUUGGGUUAGAGGUUUUUCUGCCCUGCCUGCCAGCUCUGGCCUCCUCUCCGCCUUCUCCCACUUGUGCCCCUUGAAGAGAGGAAUGUGUCCCAUCUGCCCCAGAGGAGCUUGGCUCCAUUUAGUAUCCCCUCUCCUUCCUCUGAGAAACUGUUAGCCAGAGCAGGGGUGAAGAGAGAGCUCUGGGGUCUUGGCUCUGCCAGAGGUUGGUCCCCGGGAAAUGCCCUACAGCAAUCUGAGUGCCACAGACUGGGUGGGCAGCAAGUGCCCUCCUGCCCUGGCUGUUUAUUCCACCCAGCUUACUUCUCCGCUCUCUUACUCAUUAUUUAUUUUCUACCCUGUCAGCCAUGGAUCCCAAGCUCCCCCCUCUCCAGCACCUGUCCUGUCUGGCCACCCUGUGCACAGCCUAACAAUGGAUGCCUUGUAAAUGGCCAGCAAUGUCAGUGUAUUUAUAUAAAGAGCUUGUGACUUUAAUUUUUCAAUAAAUCUAACAUGUUAGGAAAAA